AUGAUUGUUCAUCAGGAUCAUAUUAAUGCCAGGAAGCUUCAAUCAGAGAAAAAGAAUGAUACCGACACAAGAAAAGCCUUAACUGAUACUGAUUCUAAUGUAACAAUAUCUUUGGUAGACAAUCCAGUUAUUCAAACUCCACCAAUUGAACAAUCUCAAACACACGCUUCGUCAAUGACAAAAACUAUUCAAACAACAGUUAAUGAUUUUCUUCAAACAUCUGAAUCUGCAGAACAUUCAGGACUUGAGUCACCAUUGACAAAGAUACAGGAUGAUGUCAAUAAAAUUCUGGUAAAAUUAGAUGAACUGUCUCUUGGAAAGGCAAAAAAUGAUACUGGCUCUACAAAAGAAACUGCAUCAAUAGAUGACAUUAAGGCAGCAAAUAACAUGAUGGAGCUGAUCAGUUCUGAUAAACUGGAAAUCGAACUGCUGGAUGAUGGUUGUAAGAUAACUUGCAGGGCAUGCAUGGAAUUUGUCAAAGCAAAUCCGUACAUGAAAAUGUAAGUAAUUAAAAUGCUCUGCCCUUAUUAAAAAAACCUUUAAAAAAAUAGAAAUAUUUGCUACAACUUUUUACUGGGAUUAAUUUGUAGUAUUAUUCUUGUGAUCUUCAACAACAUGUAUAUAUGUAUAACACAAACAACAAAGUUCGAGAAGAUAACAGGGACAGAACAAACUAACCACAAAAUCACUUAUUACAGAAUUACUAAACAUACAUGCAUGCAGAACAUCAACACAUGUAAAUACUAAAAUUUUCUGGGCAUGAACUUCACUUACAUUCUUACAAUAAUUUAAUGCUAAUAGUAGGUUAUCUGAACCAUUUAAUAUUGAUAAUUAUAGAUCAGUUGCAAACAGAUCUUGGGGCCAUGGUCAUGUGUACAAGAAAGAUAAGAUGGAAUUGUUUCAAAAAGGCUCAAACCAAGAGUGGUACAGUUUCAAAAGCACUUUGUGUGAACACAUGUGUUGCAGUUCAACUCGAGGUGGAGGCCAGUUUCAUAUGAGUGCUUUACAGUACAAGUUUAAAGUGGAACGUAGAAAUGCCAGAAACAAAGCCGUCAUGAUAAAUUUGGUCAAUGCCGGAAUAGAAGUGUGUAAGAUGAAGGCUGCUGCAUCUCACUUUGAAUCUAUCAUUGCUCUAUUGUGUAUUUGCCAAGCAGAAGUUGGCAAUUAUGGCCAUGGGAGGUAACAUAUAUUUAAUGCUUAGUAAUACUAACAUAUAAAAUAAAACAUAUACAUCUAUAGUUUUAAUUUUUCUUUAGAAACCAGUUCUCUGACAUUGUAAAGGCAGCAUAUAUUUACAUACUGGAUCAAACUUCUUCAUACUUGCGUGAACCACUUAGAAGCACUGGAUUACCACCUCAUUUCUCUGUUGCGAUUGAUAAGUCAAUACCACAUAGAGAUACUAACCAGGCAAUAAUGGUAAUAAUGCCAUAUGAUGGGUUUAGAAUAUCUAUGCCUGUUGAUGCACCCCUGGUUUAUGAAAGCAGUGAAGACGGGAGCAUUACUGGAGGAACUGGCCAAGAUCUAGCUGAACAAGUUGUGGACAUUCUGACCAAGAAACUACAUCUUACGGCAAAAGACCUUAGUCGUCUUCGAGGUACAGUUUAUCUAUACUAACAUAUAGAUCUAUGCACAACUGACCACAAUGAAUAAGGUACCUAGCAAUGUACAUGUAAUUACAGUCCUUAAUUUAAAAUAUACUUGCUUCCAAAAAGAGGCAUGGAUGAAUCUUCACCAGUUUUGUAAUCUUGCAACAAUUUCGUUUUGAAUACAAUAAUUAUAUAGUAUUUAAUAGUAACAUACUUAAUAAUAACAUGCUUAUUGUAAGAUAAUAAGAGCUGUAUAUUUGUUGCGUUUUAUUCUAGCUGUACAUGCAGAUGGACAAUACCAAGCCAACACAUUUCAGGAUAAACUUUUGGAAUUGUUAGGAGCAUAUCAUCAACCUGACCCAUACUUUCUUCUGCCCUGGGAUGUUUCGCACUGGAUGGAUAUUGUCAUGGUUCAUCUACGUGAAGAAUCAGAUUCUUCCGAGUUUCUUAAACGUCUCAUCAAGCGAUCAAACAAGAUGCAUACAAUGUUCCAGAGAGGAAGAGGUCACGUUGAAUAUAUUGGUUUGGCCAAUCGUCUUGGCCUUAAAGCUUUAGAGACUGUUACAUUUUCCACCACAAGAUUCACAAGUUCAUCAUAUGAACAGUGGGAAAAGAUAUACACAAGUUAUAAAGCGUUAAUGACGGCAUUCAUGGAAGGUAGAGAGGCUGUAGAAGAUGACUGUGAAGAAGCAAAGUAUCAAGUCCGUGGUCAAGAUUAUGUCAUCGAUUUGUGUGGUACUUUAGAUAUAAUGAAACCAGCAAUCGUACUGAUGGUGAGAAGUCAAUCGCUUAACCUGCCUCCAUGGAAGAUUGUCAAAUGGCUUCCGCGUGUAACUGGAAUUCUAGAGAAAAUGAAGGAAGAGAUAAUAGGCAUUGAAGAAGGAAGAGUAGAACGACCAAGCCAAGACCUGUUUCCCAAACUGCAUCUACAUUGGGACACAAUUAAAGACCGUGAGGAAGAUGAAGAUACAGAAGAGCGUGGUACCUUUCAAGAUAUACCGCUGUUGGUAGGAUGGUUAAUUGUCGGCCAAGAAACCAUAAGUGAGCAACCACGCCAAGGUGAUAAACGUGGAAGAAAGCAAACAGUUUAUAAUUGGAACGCUCGUACGUCAGAUGAAUGCCUUAGUGAUCUUGCCGUCUUGUGUCGAAAUCUUAAGAAUGGUUUGGAAACACGCUUCAACGACGUUGUUGGUCAGAAUGUGCGAAACAUGGGGAAAAUGUUUGACCUGGAAUCGUUGGUAUGUGGUUUGUGCUCUUUCGCGUAUGAAAAUGGAAGUUUGAAAAUCCAACUUGAAGAAAGAGAAAUGUGGGAGCUUAGCGGAAAUUUUGAGUUUAGUGUGUUUUUCAAGCAUGUCUGCCAAUUGCCAUACGUUAGAGAACUUGUUACACAGUCAGCAACACUAAAUCUCCUACCGCAUUGCAGCAAUCUUGUCUACCGAAACCUCAAGAACACCUUAAGAGCCAUGGUUUGGCAAGGACUUGGACAUUGUGCAGACCAGAUGUUCCUUGAUGAAAACAACGAUGCUGUGGUAGAAUUCAGUAACAGUCAACUGUUAAAGAUGGAGUGUGUUGAUGGGCCUGGUGUCAUGGAUCAAUGGUUUUUGUUGCAUUUUUCAUCUUGCUCGACAAUUACAGCUCGCGUGAACGAGGAAUUCAUCACCUCUGCCUUUUACACCAAUGAAGAAGUGGUUGAAUCUCUUGGCCAAGAAAUGUGUAUCUGCCUUGAUGUUUGCCUUGCAGGAAGCAGCUGUGAAGCAAUUGUUGAGGGAUUCUACAGCGUAAUUGGUGCCCACAAGAAGUCUGGAGGUCAAUCCAACCAAUCGCUUGCCCAACGUGCCAUUGUUGACUGGACUUUACCUCACCCAGCUGCUUGUCCUGCAACGAUUGAGGAAAUUGCCAAAAUGUACAAAGAUGGAAACGAAGAGCAUCAACUACCAAGACACCGAGAUCCUGUUUUUACUGACGAAAGACAACGGUCUAUCCACAAAUACUUCGUCAGCAAAGUAGUUGAUCGGGUAUCCUCGCAUGUACCUCGUUGUCCUCAUGUGUUACACGAACAGGACAAAUAG